GUCGGGGCCGCACCCGGAAGUGGGGCGGGCGCUUCCGUUGCUGGGCGCCGCCUCCGCCGCCCCGUUUCCGGCUGGGCUGAGGAGGGGCGGCGCGGGUGUCUGGGGGGGGAGGGGGGGGCAAAGGAGAGGAGGAAAAAAAAAAAAAAAAAAAAAAAAACGGGAAAAGAAGAGGCUGUGUCGCGGGCGGAGCCGAGGCGGCCGCGCACGGGCCGGCAGCGACCCGCUCCCGGAGCCUGCGGGAGAUUCUGCCAAUCUCCCAAGGUCGGGGCUUGAACCCUGCCAGAUAAAGUCAAAAACGCCCCCCUCUUUUCCCAGCCAUGCAAACUGCGGGAUGAAGCUGGAAGCUGUGGUCGAGCAGCUGCAGAAGCAGCAGCAGAAGCAGCAAACGCCUCUGCAGAUGGAUUCCAGGGAGAGACAGCAGAGGCAGAUGAGAGAAGCCCAGCUGCUCUACACUCAGCAGCUGGCCGUGCAGCAGGCUGUCCUAGCAGCCACAUCUGGCAGGGCUUCAGGGGGCUCUGCUGUUGGUCCCUUGGCCAGAGGCCCACCUGCAGCCGGAGCUACGCGGGCUUUUGAUCAGAGCAGCAUGAAUUCGGAGCCAGAAGAGGAGGAGGAGGAGGAUGAAGAGGAGGAGGAAGAGGAGGAGGAGGAGGAAGAAGGGGGUUUGGAAGGUGGCGAUCUUGAGGAUGGCGCUGACGUGACUGGAAAACAAACCUGCUCUGCUCUGAAAUAUUUUCAUGCUCCCAAAGUUGCCCAUCACAACCAAAGAGUGGCCUCUACCUCUAAUCCUCUUCCAGCUUCGGGGCACCCGCGGGGGCAGCAAGGCAAAGAAGAACAGGGUAAAGACACUACUAAGCAACCGUAUUGUGGUUCCCCAUCUGGACGCCAGAACUGGCGGUUGGACGAGCAGCUCAAACAGAACGGCAACGUGACCUGGAGUGAUGAAGGUGAUGGGUGCAGAGGAAGAGAAAUUUCACGAGACUUUGCCAAGCUCUAUGAACUGGAUAGUGACCCUGAACGGAAAGAGUUCCUGGAUGACCUCUUCAUCUUUAUGCAGAAGAGGGGAACUCCCAUCAAUCGGAUCCCCAUCAUGGCAAAGCAGAUCCUGGAUCUCUACAUGCUCUACAAGCUGGUGACGGAGAAAGGCGGGCUGGUGGAAAUCAUCAACAAGAAGAUCUGGCGAGAGAUCACCAAAGGCCUUAAUCUGCCCACUUCCAUCACCAGUGCCGCAUUCACGCUUCGAACCCAGUACAUGAAGUACCUAUAUGCCUACGAAUGCGAGAAGAAAUCCCUCAGUUCUCCUGCUGAGCUCCAGGCUGCAAUCGAUGGCAACAGGCGGGAAGGCCGGCGGCCCAGCUACAGCUCCUCUUUGUUCAGCUACUCGCCCACCACCACGGGGCCUCCUUCCCUCCUGUCUCCCCCAAAGAUCCGCUUCCCCAUCAUCGGCGUCGCGCCAGGCAGUGGGACCAGCAAUCCUCGGGUGUCUCCAGCAGCAGCUGUCAGAAAAGGUGACGGGGUGCCCUUGACCGUGUCUAUGCCAAACCGUAUUGCUGUGCCAGUGACCUUGGCUAGCCAGCAGGCAACUGUGGCGGCGAGAACAGCCACCCUCGAGCAGCUGAGGGAGAGAUUGGAGUCGGGGGAGCCUCCGGAGAAGAAAGUCUCGCGGAUGACGGAGGAGGAGCAGCGGCUCGUCCAGCAGGCUCUCCAGCGCAACCUGUUCAGCAUGGCGCGGCAGAUCCCCAUGAAGAUCAAAAUCAAUGGCAAGGAAGAUAAACCAGACUCGGCGGCGGCGGCGGCAGCACUGAAUUUGUCACCUAACGGCAUUGGGAGUAUUAACAUGUCGGUGGAGAUGAACGGCACAAUUUACACUGGAGUGCUCUUUGCCCAGAAGCCAGUCGUCCAUCUCAUUGCAGGCUCCAGCACCCAAAGUUCCUGCAGCAGCAGCAGCAGCUCCCACUGCUCUCCCAGCCCUACCUCAUCCCGGGGAACCCCCAGCGCAGAGCCCUCCACCAGCUGGUCUCUCUGAUGGACGGCCGAGCCUGCUGUCUCUCACACUGGCCUCCGGCAGCUCUUCCUCUCUGUUCUGGGCAGGGAGCGAGCCGGGAAGGAGUCGCACAGAUUUACCUCAUCUCAAGGAACCUGCUUUUGUGGUUGGCCAACGGCAAGAUGAUGAUGAUGAUGCUGAAACCUUUCCAUGCCA